AUGCCAGCAUUAAUUUUGGAUCAAAAGGACAAAAUGAAUUCAAUGUUUUUAUCUAGUAAUGGGCUGGUUGAAGAUCCACUGGCUAUUGAGAAAGAAAGGGCCGUGAUAAACCCUUGGACUUCAGAAGAGAGAAAUAUUUUCUUGAAGAAAUUUGCUGCCUUUGGAAAAGAUUUUCGGAAAAUAGCUACCUUCCUUGACCACAAGACAAUGGCAGACUGUGUUGAGUUCUAUUACAAAAAUCACAAGUCUGAUUCUUCAGUGAUGGCAGAUGACAUUGCAAGAAAUCGGAGAAUGCGCUCUGGGCGUGCUCUUUGGAGGGGAUAUAACAUGACUGCCAGGGUGAAAGGUUUUGGAGUUCUUCAAGAUGAAAGAGAGACUGUUGCAGCUGAUGUGUUAACGAGUAUAUGUGGUUCUGUUUUAUCCGAGGCAACAAGUUCCUGCAUAACUAGUUCAGUCAAUCCUGUGAAAGGCAAAAGGGCCAGGAAGUGCGUGAAAGCAAAGCCUCUACGCAAACCAUCACCACCUCCAACAAUGCCACAAUCUUUCCGUUCCGGUUGGAAUUUCACACCAAGCUCACUCCUCGAACCAAUCUUCGACAGUCCAGAAUUCUAG